AUGGCGCUACAAAUUGCGCUGACUUCAAGAGUCAAUGUGGUACACCAAAGGUGCAAACAUACUGUAAACAUACAUGCGGUCUUUGCGGAUCAACGCCAACCCCAGUUACCCCACCAACCCAAGGAUGUGUUGACGGAGCUACAAACUGCGCUGACUUCAAGAGUAAAUGCGGUACACCGAAAAUGCAGACAUACUGUAAGCACACGUGCGGAGCCUGUGGUUCAACUACACCUACCCCGACCACUCGUGAGUUAGACUACGUUUCGAAGCAAAAAUAUAUAUUUUUGCGUUUCUAAUGCACAAUAAUUUUUUCUUCAGAAUGCGUUGAUGGAGCCACAAAUUGCUCUCAAUUCAAGAGCCAAUGCGGAACCCCUAAGAUGA